AUGAAAUUAUUCGCAGCAGUUUUAGUCCUGUGUUCGUUGGCCGUUUGCUUCAGUUGGCCAGUCGCAAAUUAUAAUCUGGAUGCAUUGGUAGCUGUUGAUGGCGCUGUUCAAGGAGAUGCUAAUAUUGAUCACAUCCGUCUAGCUCGCCAUCAUCAUGGAGGCAGAGGUUAUGGUGGAUACGGAGGUUAUGGCGGUUAUGGAGGUUAUGGUGGUGGUGGUUAUCCUGGCGGUGGCUACGGUGGAGGAUAUCCAGGUGGUGGUUAUGGUGGUGGAUACCCUGGCGGCGGUGGUUAUGGUGGUGCAGGCAGCUCUGCUACCGCUUCUGCAUCAUCAUCAGCGUAUGGUGGUGGUUACGGAGAAUAUGGCAGAUAA